AUGGCAGGGACUUCAAGAACCACUAUUCCCUACGUUGACGAUUUUUACUUCUCAGCUCUCUAUGAUCAGGAGGAACUUUUUCCUAUUUCAGAUGAAAAAUAUGCAGAAGAAAUACAGUUGCAAGAGGCUCUCAUUUCCUCAGUCAUCUCUUCCAGAAUUCAAAAUGUAUCAUCAGAGAAGAUCAUAGAACACUUCAUCCAAAAUCGGAAUGUUAGAAAGACUGUUAUCGGCGAAUCUUCACAGGGCUUCUGUGCAAUUUGCUUGGAUACAAAACCAGCAGGAGAGAUAUUCAGGAACAAAGCUUGCACACACUCUUUCUGUGCAGAUUACAUCAGCAAAUAUGUUGCAGCAAAGAUACAGGAAAAUAUUUACAAUGUUAAAUGUCCAGACACCAACUGUAAAGGUAUUAUAGAACCCGAUUUGUGUCGACCCAUUGUUCCAAAAGAAGUGUUUGAUCGAUGGGAGAACACAUUGUGCGAGUCUGUAAUCCUUGGUAUGGAAUGUGGGAAGUUUCAGAAGUUGAACAAGGAUGAGAGAGGAAGGGAAGACAUGAUGCUGAUGGAACUUGCUAAGAACAAGCAAUGGAGGAGAUGCCCUCACUGCAAGUUUUACGUGGAGAAGGUUGAUGAUGCAGAAACAAUUUUUGUUAUGGGUGUGGAGCGAAGUGGACAAUUUCUCAUCGAUGCCACUAAACCAGGGGCUAAAGUGAAUGAAUUUCAAGAAAGGACUAGCUAG